AUGAAAGUCUUCAAGGUGAUAGGAAGGAUGGUCAUCCUCACCUCUGUGUUUUUGGCUUGUUCUGAGCAAAAUCCAAUGACUGUACUCUGUUCUAUUGACUGAUUCAUGGUUACAGUACACCCCUUCAUGUUGAACAGCAACAUAUAUAUACACUUUCUUGAGUUACAAUUGGGUCUGGGUUGCCCUGCCAACCAUGUUCAGCCACAUAUCUAUAAGUUUACCUACUACGUUACAGAAUGUGGCAUCAGGGCUAUCUCUCAAGAUACAGUUAUGUACAGCACUAAGAUACACUAUGCUUCAAAGUCUGCCUCAUCUAAAUACACAAUCCCAGUGUCAUGCACUGCCCCUAAGCACUCCCCAUGGCUCACUACUCUCUAUUCUGUGAAAGAAGCCAGCAAAAUAGGAACCAUAACCCAGGAUGGUGAGACAGGCUACGAGGUGUUCACCUGGUCACAGUCCAGACAAAGGCCCAGCUGUGAUUAUCCACCUUGUGUCUUCAAUGAAGGAGAGCAUAUCCAGGCCCAACAUCACCAAGAAGGAUCUCAGGAGGGCCAUUCUGCACCGUCAUCUUUUUUUGUGGAUAUUUCCAAGGAUUGGUCCCUUUGCUUAGAUGAUCUACUUGAGUCCAUGUGA